CGAGCGCAGGGAGAAAGACUAAAGAAGCUGUGUGUGAAAUCUGUCUACAGCCUCGCGCCAUUCUCAAGCCUACUCAAAUGCGCUCUCUCUGAGGAACCUCUUUACCAUAUGUCUUCGCUAAAAUGGCUGCUGGAAGACAAAUAAUGGCUCCACAGGGAGUUCUCUAGCGACCGUAAAAUGUUUACUGAAGACUAGCGCUUUGCUGUGACGUCCGGGCAUGGCGAGCACAUCAGAGUGAGAGCAGAAAAGAUUGUCUUAUGAACCAAUACGAGGAUGACGUCGAGAUCAAAGAAACGCAUUGUUCUUCCCUCCCGUCCUGAGCCCCCCAGUGUAGAUGACAUUCUAGAAGAUGUUCGUGGUGCAGUAGCAUCCGACCCUGUAUUUGUUUGCGAUCUUAGUGAAGAUUCUCUGAUACCUUCUCAGGAGCCCUCCAGUGACAGCGACAGGCAGUACAUGCAGAGCUGCUCCUACGUGCAGUUCAACAACAAGUUAAAAGAAGCCCAGACUGAGCUGAAGGAGAAAUAUGAGUCAUUGAGAGCUUCUGGGUUGAAGCUUGGAAAAGUUAUUGAAGAGUUAAGAGAGGCAGCCAUGUGACUACCACCUUUUCCCAGCAGAUAGAACAAUUGAAUGGUAUUUAAUAUGUAAGUUUCAUUAGUGGGAGUAUUUAUCUUAUUUAAAAUACGGACCAGUACAUGGUCAAGGGAAUCAGAAGUGUGCUGGUGAUCUGUAUAGAAUAUCUUCAAGAAAUGUCUACUGCAUGGAAAUUGUGUUGCUUCAGUAGGUAUGUGCGCAUCUAGUUACAAAUACCAGUUCUCUAUGUGGUACAGUGUAGAAGAUUCAGACCUAGUCAUGGACAUUGUCGGUACUCUGAAAGAGAAUGGAUACCAAGGCUAUGUUGAGCACCAUGAUAAAGCAGCUGGAUUGCUUGCUAUUUCUUCAGCCUCAAUGGCAAUUGAAUCCAGUGUGAUAUCUUUCCUGGUACUUUCUACUCAUUCUCUGCAAGAGUCUUGGCACAGAUGGGUGUCUGAGUGGUGCCUGACUAAUGUUAUUGAGAACAAUCCUGCCAGGGUAGUGCCAAUUUAUGUUGAUUUGCAAGAUACCCAGAAGCCUGGUAUAUUAAAGAUUCUAAAUGGCCUAGAGUAUAAAAGCAAGUAUUUUAAGCAUAAUCUACUACGUACUAUGAGAGCUACAGUCCGUUGCUGAAAAUACUUGUACACUUUUGUUAAUUUAUUUUUAUU